GCCCCGCCCCGGCUGCCCAGAACCGGGAGGCGGCAGCGGCGGCGGGGCCGGGGCGCGGGGAGGCGGUGGGACGCGAGAACCAUGGCGGCCGCCGAGCGCCGCGCCUUCGCGCACAAGAUCAACAGGACGGUGGCCGCAGAGGUGCGGAAGCAGGUGUCCCGGGAACGCAGUGGCUCCCCCCACUCCAGCAGACGCUGCAGCAGCUCCCUGGGGGUCCCACUGACUGAAGUUGUCGAGCCCCUGGACUUUGAGGAUGUACUUCUGAGCUGGCCACCAGAUGCUGAGCCCGGGCCCCUCAGGGACCUGGUAGAAUUCCCAGCUGAUGACUUGGAGCUGCUUCUGCAGCCCCGGGAAUGCCGGACCACGGAGCCCGGGAUCCCCAAGGAUGAAAAACUGGAUGCCCAGGUGAGGGCUGCGGUGGAGAUGUAUAUCGAGGACUGGGUCAUCGUCCACAGAAGGUAUCAGUACCUGAGUGCAGCAUACAGCCCCGUCACCACGGAGACACAGCGGGAGCGACAGAAGGGCCUCCCCCGCCAGGUCUUUGAGCAGGAUGCUUCUGGAGACGAGAGGUCCGGCCCUGAGGACUCGAAUGACUCCCGGCGUGGCUCGGGCUCCCCAGAAGACACCCCUCGAAGCAGUGGUGCCUCUAGCAUCUUCGACCUGAGGAACCUGGCAGCUGACUCAUUGCUGCCCUCUCUGCUACAGCGGGCGGCCCCAGAAGAUGUGGACCGGCGCAAUGAAACCCUUCGACGGCAGCACCGGCCCCCGGCCCUGUUCACCCUCUACCCAGCACCUGACGAGGAUGAAGCCGUGGAACGCUGUAGCCGCCCAGAGCCACCCCACGAGCACUUUGGACAGAGGAUCUUGGUCAAGUGUCUGUCACUCAAGUUCGAGAUUGAAAUUGAGCCCAUCUUUGGGAUCUUGGCUCUGUAUGAUGUGCGGGAGAAAAAGAAGAUCUCGGAGAACUUCUACUUCGACCUGAACUCGGAUUCCAUGAAGGGGCUGCUUCGGGCUCAUGGCACCCACCCUGCCAUCUCCACCCUGGCCCGCUCUGCCAUCUUCUCUGUGACCUACCCUUCACCUGACAUCUUCCUGGUCAUCAAGUUGGAGAAGGUGCUUCAGCAAGGGGACAUCAGUGAGUGCUGUGAGCCUUACAUGGUGAUGAAAGAAGUGGACACAGCCAAGAACAAAGAGAAGCUAGAGAAGCUGCGCCUGGCGGCCGAGCAGUUCUGCACCCGCCUGGGCCGCUACCGCAUGCCCUUCGCCUGGACGGCCGUACACUUAGCUAACAUCGUGAGCAGCGCUGGGCAGCUGGACCGGGACUCUGACUCGGAGGGCGAGCGCCGGCCAGCCUGGACAGACCGCCGCCGUCGGGGGCCCCAGGACCGGGCGAGUAGUGGGGACGACGCCUGCAGCUUCUCUGGCUUCCGUCCAGCCACGCUAACUGUCACAAACUUCUUUAAGCAGGAGGCUGAGCGACUCAGUGAUGAGGACCUCUUCAAGUUCCUGGCUGACAUGAGGCGCCCGUCGUCCCUGCUGCGGCGGCUACGUCCUGUGACUGCCCAGCUCAAGAUUGACAUUUCUCCGGCUCCUGAAAAUCCCCACUUCUGCCUCUCCCCUGAGCUGCUUCAUAUCAAGCCCUACCCGGACCCCAGGGGCCGGCCCACCAAGGAGAUCCUGGAGUUCCCUGCCCGUGAGGUCUAUGCCCCCCAUACCAGCUACAGGAACCUGCUGUAUGUGUACCCACACAGCCUGAACUUCAGCAGCCGCCAGGGCUCUGUGCGCAACCUCGCCGUGCGAGUGCAGUACAUGACAGGCGAGGACCCCAGCCAGGCCUUGCCGGUCAUCUUUGGCAAGUCCAGCUGCAGUGAAUUUACCCGCGAGGCCUUCACACCGGUGGUCUACCAUAACAAGUCCCCUGAGUUCUAUGAGGAGUUCAAGCUUCGUCUUCCAGCCUGCGUGACAGAGAACCAUCACCUGCUGUUCACCUUCUACCACGUCAGCUGCCAGCCCCGGCCGGGCACUGCCCUGGAGACGCCCGUGGGCUUUACUUGGAUCCCACUGCUGCAGCACGGGCGCCUGAGGACCGGCCCCUUCUGUCUCCCAGUGUCUGUGGACCAGCCACCGCCCAGCUAUUCUGUGCUCACACCCGAUGUGGCGCUGCCGGGCAUGCGCUGGGUGGACGGUCACAAGGGCGUGUUCAGUGUGGAGCUCACGGCCGUGUCCUCUGUGCACCCCCAGGACCCCCACCUGGACAAGUUCUUCACCCUGGUGCACGUCCUGGAGGAGGGAGCCUUCCCAUUCCGGCUCAAGGACACUGUUCUGAGCGAGGGCAACGUGGAGCAGGAGCUGCGGGCCAGUCUUGCAGCACUGCGCCUGGCCAGCCCCGAACCCCUCGUGGCCUUCUCCCACCACGUGCUGGACAAGCUCGUGCGUCUGGUCGUCAGGCCCCCGAUCAUCAGUGGCCAGAUUGUGAACCUGGGCCGUGGAGCCUUUGAAGCAAUGGCCCAUGUAGUUAGCCUUGUUCACCGGAGCCUGGAGGCAGCCCAGGAUGCCCGCGGUCACUGCCCACAGCUGGCUGCCUACGUCCACUACGCCUUUCGCCUGCCUGGCACUGAGCCCAGCCUCCCGGAUGGGGCCCCUCCAGUGACAGUGCAGGCUGCCACACUGGCCCGUGGCUCUGGUCGCCCCGCAAGCCUCUACCUGGCACGUUCCAAGAGCAUCAGCAGUAGCAACCCUGACCUCGCUGUGGCCCCUGGCUCUGUGGAUGAUGAGGUUUCCCGCAUCCUGGCCAGCAAGGGCAUCGAUCGCUCACACUCCUGGGUGAAUUCCGCUUAUGCUCCAGGAGGCAGUAAGGCUGUGCUGCGGCGGGCACCCCCUUAUUGUGGGGCCGACCCCAGACAGCUGCUUCACGAGGAGCUGGCUCUGCAGUGGGUGGUCAGCAGCAGUGCCGUACGCGAGGCCAUCCUCCAGCACGCCUGGUUCUUCUUCCAGCUCAUGGUGAAGAGUAUGGCGCUGCACCUGCUUCUUGGCCAGCGACUAGACACACCCCGCAAGCUGCGCUUCCCUGGGCGCUUCCUGGACGACAUCACUGCCUUGGUGGGCUCUGUGGGCCUGGAGGUCAUCACCCGUGUCCACAAGGAUGUGGAGCUGGCCGAGCGCCUCAACGCCAGCCUGGCCUUCUUCCUCAGUGACCUUCUGUCCCUGGUGGACCGGGGCUUUGUCUUCAGCCUGGUCCGGGCCCACUACAAGCAGGUGGCCACGCGGCUCCAGUCGUCCCCUAAUCCAGCGGCCCUGCUGACCCUGCGCAUGGAAUUCACCCGCAUCCUGUGCAGCCACGAGCACUACGUGACCCUCAACCUCCCCUGCUGCUCCCUGUCACCCCCAGCCUCGCCCUCCCCCUCUGUGUCCUCCACCACCUCCCAGAGCUCCACCUUCUCCAGCCAAGCCCCGGACCCCAAGGUGACCAGCAUGUUUGAACUGAGUGGACCAUUCCGGCAGCAGCACUUCCUAGCUGGGCUCCUGCUAACGGAGCUGGCGCUGGCCCUUGAACCUGAGGCUGAGGGGGCAUUCCUGUUGCACAAGAAGGCCAUCAGUGCUGUGCACAGCCUGCUAGGUGGCCAUGACACUGACCCCCGCUACGCCGAGGCCACUGUGAAGGCUCGUGUGGCCGAGCUGUACCUGCCACUGCUAUCGAUUGCACGGGAUACCUUGCCACGGCUGCAUGACUUUGCUGAGGGCCCAGGUCAGCGGUCAAGACUGGUCUCAAUGCUUGACUCAGACACAGAAGGCGAAGGGGACAUUGCGGGUACCAUCAACCCCUCUGUGGCCAUGGCCAUUGCUGGUGGCCCCCUAGCCCCUGGCUCCCGGGCCAGCAUCUGCCAGGGGCCACCAACGGCUUCUCGCGCAGGCUGUGCCCUCUCUGCUGAGUCAAGCCGGACCUUGCUGGUGUGUGUGCUGUGGGUGCUGAAAAACGCUGAGCCGGCGCUCCUGCAGCGCUGGGCCACUGACCUGACACUCCCCCAGCUGGGACGUCUGUUGGACUUGCUGUACCUCUGCCUGGCUGCCUUUGAGUACAAGGGGAAAAAGGCCUUUGAACGCAUCAACAGCCUCACAUUCAAAAAAUCGCUGGAUAUGAAGGCGCGGCUAGAAGAAGCCAUCCUGGGCACCAUCGGAGCUCGACAAGAAAUGGUUCGGCGAAGUCGUGAGAGGAGCCCGUUUGGGAAUCUGGAGAACGUGCGCUGGCGGAAGAGCGUCACACACUGGAAGCAAACCUCAGACCGCGUGGACAAGACCAAGGAUGAAAUGGAACAUGAGGCCUUGGUGGAAGGGAACCUGGCAACCGAGGCAAGCCUAGUGGUUCUGGACACACUGGAGAUCAUCGUGCAGACGGUGAUGCUUUCAGAAGCCCGGGAGAGCGUCUUGGGGGCAGUGCUGAAGGUUGUGCUGUACAGCCUGGGCAGUGCCCAGAGUGCCCUCUUCUUGCAGCAUGGCCUGGCCACCCAGAGGGCCCUUGUGUCCAAGUUCCCGGAGCUACUGUUCGAGGAGGACACGGAGCUGUGUGCCGACCUGUGCCUGAGGCUCCUACGACACUGUGGCAGCCGCAUCAGCACCAUCCGCACGCAUGCCAGCGCCUCGCUGUACCUGCUCAUGCGACAGAACUUCGAGAUCGGCCACAACUUUGCCCGGGUGAAGAUGCAGGUCACCAUGUCUCUCUCGUCCCUGGUGGGGACGACGCAGAACUUCAGUGAAGAACACCUGCGACGUUCACUCAAAACCAUCCUCACCUAUGCUGAGGAGGAUGUGGGGCUGCGGGACAGCACCUUCGCGGAGCAGGUCCAGGACCUGAUGUUCAACCUGCACAUGAUCCUGACAGACACGGUGAAGAUGAAGGAACACCAGGAGGACCCUGAGAUGCUCAUCGACCUCAUGUACAGAAUUGCCCGGGGCUACCAGGGCUCACCGGACCUGCGGCUGACGUGGUUGCAGAACAUGGCUGGGAAGCACGCAGAGCUGGGCAACCACGCUGAGGCCGCCCAGUGCAUGGUGCAUGCGGCCGCCCUCGUGGCUGAGUACCUCGCCCUGCUCGAGGACCACCGCCACCUGCCCGUGGGCUGCGUUUCCUUCCAGAACAUCUCAUCCAAUGUGCUAGAGGAGUCCGCCAUCUCCGAUGACAUCCUGUCGCCCGACGAGGAGGGCUUCUGCUCCGGGAAACACUUCACUGAGCUGGGGCUGGUAGGGUUGCUGGAACAGGCAGCCGGCUACUUCACCAUGGGCGGGCUCUACGAGGCGGUGAAUGAGGUCUACAAGAACCUCAUCCCCAUCCUGGAGGCCCACCGUGACUACAAGAAGCUGGCCGCGGUACACGGCAAACUGCAGGAGGCCUUCACCAAGAUCAUGCACCAGAGUUCCGGCUGGGAGCGCGUGUUCGGGACAUAUUUCCGCGUGGGCUUCUACGGCGCCCGCUUCGGCGACCUGGAUGAGCAGGAGUUUGUGUACAAGGAGCCAUCGAUCACGAAGCUGGCAGAGAUCUCACACCGGCUGGAGGAGUUCUACACGGAGAGAUUUGGUGAUGACGUCGUUGAGAUUAUCAAAGACUCUAACCCUGUGGACAAGUCCAAGCUUGACUCACAGAAGGCCUACAUCCAGAUCACGUAUGUGGAACCGUACUUUGAUACCUACGAGCUCAAGGACCGGGUGACCUACUUUGACCGCAACUAUGGGCUUCGCACAUUCCUGUUCUGCACGCCCUUCACACCGGAUGGGCGCGCACACGGGGAGCUGCCCGAGCAACACAAGCGUAAGACGCUGCUCAGCACUGACCAUGCUUUCCCCUACAUCAAGACUCGCAUCCGUGUGUGCCACCGGGAGGAGAUGGUGCUGACGCCGGUGGAGGUGGCCAUCGAGGACAUGCAGAAGAAGACACGGGAGCUGGCCUUUGCCACUGAGCAGGACCCACCAGAUGCUAAGAUGCUACAGAUGGUGCUUCAGGGCUCUGUAGGGCCCACUGUGAACCAGGGUCCCCUGGAGGUGGCCCAGGUGUUUUUAGCAGAGAUCCCGGAAGACCCCAAGCUCUUCCGGCAUCACAACAAAUUGCGGCUCUGCUUCAAGGACUUCUGCAAGAAAUGUGAGGAUGCACUGCGGAAAAAUAAGACCCUGAUUGGGCCGGACCAGAAGGAGUACCACCGCGAGCUGGAGCGCAACUACUGCCGCCUGCGGGAGGCUCUGCAGCCCCUGCUUACCCAGUGCCUGCCCCAGCUGCUGGCACCCACCCCACCCGGCCUCAGGAACUCCUUGAACAGAGCAAGUUUCCGAAAGGCAGACCUCUGAGCCCACAAGGACCAAACCUGUGCCUAGAGGACCCAGCACCCGGGCCUCAGCUGUCUGUGCUGCUAGGGGAGUCUCCCUUGGUGCCCACUGGGCCGUGGGGUGACCACACUGUACUCGGGGCUGGGCCCUCUGCCCCUCUGUCCCCAUCUGUAUGCACUGAUGCUUCCUCCCUUUUUUAAUUUAAAAUGGUUUUUAUAAGCAA